AUGAAGGAGCAAAAAAUGUAUCUUUACUUAGUAUUUUUCGCAACAUUCGUCCUUGCUUCGAGCCACAUGAGAGUACCGAGCUUCAGUGACUUGAAAGUCCCUAAUGUUCUCGAUGAAAAUCUUGCAAAUAUAGGAGAUAAACUGCCUAAGUUGGACAGUAAAAUCCCAAAUAUUUUUGGUAAAGAUAUUGGAAGCAUAGCAGAUGGGCUUCCUAAAUUAGAUACUAAUCUCCCCAAAGUUAUGGACGAAAAGAUUAAAAAUGUGACACAGGCACUUCCUACGUUGGAUAUUAAACCCCCCAGUUUUCUCGGCAAAGACAUAUUCACCAAAGAUGAUAGAUCGAACAAAUUGGUAGCAUCAGAACUGUUCAAAAAAGAAGGUUACACAGUUGAGGAACACGUAGUUGAGACCGAAGAUGGUUACAUACUGACGAUGCAUCGGAUACCAGGACCUCCCGGUGCACCAACUGUUUACAUUCAACACGGCUUGCUAAGUAGUUCGGUGGAUUGGAUCGUCCCUGGGAAAAAUAAGGCGCUCCCAUUUAUCCUGGCCGAUCUUGGUUACGACGUUUGGCUGGGAAACACACGUGGAAACACUUACUCUAAAUCCCACAAAACUAUUCCUCCUAAUGAUGUACGGUACUGGGAUUUCAGUUGGCACGAAAUGGGGAUCUACGAUUUGCCAGCAUUAAUAUCAUACGUAGUAAAACAAAAAGGUGGAAACAUAACUUACAUUGGCCACUCGAUGGGAACAACGAUGUUUUACGUCAUGGCCAUCGAGAGGCCGGAUAUAGCGUCGAACAUCAGUCUCAUGAUCAGUUUGGCUCCAGUGGCAUUUAUGGAAAAUAUCAAGAGCCCACUAAGAUUGCUCGCGCCGUUUACAGAUCAAGUGGAGGCAAUUUUCAAUCUACUGGGAAAAGGAGAAUUUUUACCACAAAGGAAAGUAACACAACAUGUUGCCAAACUUUACUGCGGUAUCGUUCCACUUGGAGAUAAAGUUUGCGAAAACUCGUUGUUCCUCAUAGCUGGAUUCGACAGAUCACAAUUUAAUUCUACUCUCAUGCCUACCAUUCUCACGUAUUCACCAGCUGGAGCGUCGACCAAGUCUAUGAUUCACUAUGCCCAAGAAAUUAAUUCAGGGCGAUUCCAUCGUUUCGAUUACGGUCCCGAUGAAAACAUGAAAAAGUACAACAGUUCAACACCACCUGACUAUGAUUUGUCAAAAAUAAAAGUCCCGAUGGCACUGUUUUGGGGAGUAAAUGACUUCCUGGCACACCCAACGGAUGUAAAUAGAUUAUUUGAUGGUCUACCGAACAAAGUAAUGAGUUACCAGGUUAAACAUCCCAAAUUUAGUCACAUCGACUUUUUGUGGGCUGUUGAUGCACCGUCACUACUUUACAAGGAAAUUGUUGAUCUUAUAAAAAAAUAUUCCAAACCAACAACGUCGUCGGAAUCUAACAUAGUUCAUUGA